UUUUGCUGACCUGUAGCCCAUGCAAUCAGAAGACUGAAGACCUGCUUAGUUGCAUGAGUAACAAGCUAUGAGUUCUGUAUCUCAGCGUGUGGCACUAAACGAUGGUCACUUCAUCCCUGUCCUGGGGUUCGGAACCACUGUGCCUCAUAAGGUUCCUAAGAGUGAACUUAUCAAAGCUACCAAAAUAGCUAUAGAUGCUGGAUUCCGGCAUUUUGAUUCUGCAUAUUUGUACGAAAUAGAAGAGGAAGUAGGACAGGCAAUUAGAAGCAAGAUUGCAGAUGGCACUGUGAAAAGAGAAGAUAUAUUCUAUACUUCAAAGCUCUGGAGCACUUUCCAUCGACCAGAAUUGGUUCGAUCUUGCUUGGAAAUGUCACUGAAGAAAGCUCAAUUGGACUAUGUUGAUCUGUACAUUAUUCAUUUCCCAAUGCCUUUGCAGCCUGGAGAUGAUUUUUUUCCAAAAGACGAACAUGGAAAUCUGUUGGUAGACCCUGUGGAUCUCUGUGACACAUGGGAGGCCAUGGAGAAGUGUAAGGAUGCAGGGUUGGCCAAGUCCAUCGGGGUGUCCAAUUUUAACCGUAGGCAGCUGGAGAUGAUCCUGAACAAGCCAGGGCUCAAGUACAAGCCUGUGUGCAAUCAGGUAGAGUGUCAUGUUUAUCUGAACCAGAGCAAAUUGCUGGACUAUUGUAAGUCAAAAGAUAUCGCUCUCGUUGCCUACUGUACAUUGGGAAGUUCACGAGAUGCAAAAUGGGUGGACCAAAAGAGUCCAGUUCUCUUAGAUGAUCCAGUUCUUUGUGCCAUGGCCAAAAAGUACAAGCAAACACCAGCGUUGGUUGCCCUUCGUUACUUGUUGCAGCGUGGGAUUGUAGUCCUGGCCAGGAGUUUCAAUGAGAAGCGGAUCAAAGAGAACAUGCAGGUUUUUGAAUUCCAGUUGACUUCAGAGGACAUGAAAGUCCUAGAUGGCUUGAACAGAAAUUUAAGAUACAAUUCUGGAGAUUUUUUUAAUGGACAUCCCAAUCAUCCAUUUACUGAUGAAUAUUAACAUGGAGGCCCUUGUCAGAAUUCCUACCAGAAGAUCUGUUUUAUGCAUCAUGAUAUGAGAGAUGUCUUGGAUACUGGCGAUUGAACACAUCAUCACUUCUUAUUAAACCAGCUUGUCUUGUCAAUUCAGUCAGCUAGAGCUAAGUCCCCAGAGCUGUGUGGAAAGUCUGAAAGGCAACAUCAAGAUGUUUAUCCCAAAGAUUCUUAUGUGUUGAAAUAUUAAUUUAUUUUUAUUUUACAUAUAUGAGUGUCCUACAUGUAUGUGUACCUUGUGAAUGCCCGUGUCCAUGGAGGGGAGAAGAGGGUGACAGAAUACCUAGAACUGGAGUUACAGAUGAUUGAGUCACCAUGUGGGUGCUGGAAACCAAAUCUGAGUUUUCUGUAAGAGUAGCAAGCCCUUAAACACUUUGUCAUCUCACCAGGCCCUACCCUAAAGAUUCUUGCCUGCUUCUAUUUCUGUGAUAUCAAUUUUUUGUUUCCUUCUGACACCAACCUGAUUUGCCUAGAAAUCUUGGGCAGUAGGCUGUAGAUGAGGAGAGUCAUUUAAAAGACAUUUUUGGGUUGGAGUUGGAAGAACUUUCACCAUUUAGGGAGUUAACAGUGAGAGAUUACUGGUAAAUCAAUAAUCCUCAAAUCCUUUAAGAAAGAAGAAAGUAAUUUGAAGUUAUUUUGCUCUUAGUUUGGAGGUGAGGCAGAUGUGGUGGGGUGAUCUGGAGCCCAGGGCUCCCUUCACCAGCCCAACGACCAGAGUUCCAAGGGCAUGGAGAGUAAGUGUUUCCUGUGGGAAGGUUGGGAGGUCAGUAAGAAGAGAACUCAUAUAAAAGAAUCAUCAUUACUCAGAUGUGGGGAGAGCAAGAAGAAAGCUGAACACGUCUCUGCUUGGGAAAUAUAUCAUCUGUUUUUGAUAAUUACAUGUUACAGGUAAAGGGGAACUCUACAUAUUUUAUCCAAGACAGAGAGCUAGACAUGAUAAUUGUAUUUUCAAGGGUUUCAGCAGUUGUAUUAUUGAGCUAUGGUAGGAAAAGUCAAUGCAAAUGAAUGUAAACUCCAUAUUCAUCAAAUUUUCUUAGAUUUAAAAAUUGAUUUGUGAAACUUGAUCUUACAUGUUUAUAGGUAAACAGGUUAGACUUAUAAAAUACAAAAUAUCUCAUAGAUAUUAAAUUGUGUUAUGAAAUUAACAUUAAAAGGACAUAUAAUUGAUGAGACAAAUACUUUAAAAUAUCAAAAAUUAUUUGAAAUACUGUAUUUGAGCCAGGACAAUAUUUUAAGAAUUGUUAAGUUUUAACAAUAUCCUUUGCACCAAGAAUAUCUUAAAGAAAUCAGAAAGGUAAGGUGAUAGUGUUAUGUUUACAGAAGAUCCAGAAGAAUGUGGAGGUAAAUAAAAAAAUACAAAUAUUGUUUACCUAGUUUCAAGCAUACAGUUGGACUUAUAUAUUUCAUUAAUAAAUAUAUCAAGUAAAAAUUUUUUGGGACAGUUUCUCAUUAUAUACCCUUUGCUGGUCUAGAACUUGCUAUAUACACCAGGCUGGCCUGGAACUCAUAGAGAUCCACCCACCCCCACUUCUAGAAUGCUGAGAUUAAAGGCAUUCCUAUAUAUUUGAAGUCUCUUAAAGGGAAAAAUUAUCAAAAAGCAAUAAAAUUACUAGGUACCUAUUGAUUAACCUAACAAAAUGUGAAUAGAUAGCAAACUAAAAUUCUAUGUAAUGUAUUGAUAAAAUGAAACUGUCCUAUUCUUAUUAAUAAAUGGAAUAAAAUAUAUAUGUUAUAAUGGG